AUGCCUGUCUAUUGGAUGGUAGUUCCACCUGCACACAGAGCAAACACAACAAGCUACGACAGAGAUCCUGACAGAGAAACGUGGGAUGGGGCAGCAGAGGCUGAACGACCAAAGUGCGUGAGGCACCAAGAGGCCACAAGUCAUGGGGAAGAACCCAGGGGUUCAUCUGUUACUGAAGCAGACUGUAGCAAUGAACAAGAAGAACAGAAGCAGAAAUGUAAGGAAGCUGAAGCAGGUGAAAAAAUGAGUGAAGAAGGGAAUGAAGAUGAAGGUGAAAUGAGUGUGAAGGGCGAGGAGGAGGUCAAUUAUGAAGUGCGGUAUUCAGAAGUUGAAGAUAGUAGAGAUAAUGAGGAGGUCUGUACUGAGGAGGACGAUGAGGAUGAUGAAUAUUCUAACGAGAAGGACGGUGAUGAACAUGAAUCAGAUGAAGAGUUUAAAAUAAAGAAGAUAAGUAAAAGUGGGGUGAAGAAGAAAUCUGCCUAUGUCAUAAGGUGCGAUAAGUGUAACGAGCAGUUUGUUUCCCGGAAGAAGUACGUGGAUCACUGCAGAGACGUCCAUCAGUGCUUGCCUGGUAAAGUCUAUCAGUGUGACAUCUGCAGCAAGUCGUUUGCUAGUUACAACAGCUGGAAGGAGCAUCGAGCGUGUGUCCACACAGAAGAAAGGCAGUUUGCCUGCACCCUUUGCAACGCUACUUUUAAAAGAAAGAGAGAUGUGAGGACACACUAUAUGCGGAAGCACGAAGGCAGAGUCAAGCGCCCUCUCUGCUCUGUCUGCGGGAAAAUCCUCAGCUCCCGAACGGCACUGGUGUUUCAUAUGCGGACGCACACAGGGGAAAAGCCUUAUGAAUGUGGCAUUUGUCAUUCAAAAUUUGCUCAACCAUCACAACUUAAGAUCCAUACCAGGUCCCAUACAGGGGAAAAGCCAUAUAUUUGUGAGGACUGUGGGGCUUGCUUUGCUGAUAAAGGCAAGCUCACUGGACACAAAAGGACCCACACAGGAGAGCGCCUUUUUAAAUGCGAUGUGUGUGGAAAACAUUUUGCCACCAACGAAUACUUAAAAUGCCAUAAACGAUGCCACAUGGGCGCUAAGCCCUACAAGUGCGAGGUUUGUGGGAAGACGUUUGGACUGAGAGCCUCACUAGCCCAGCACAGUAACGUCCAUGCAGAGACCCGUCCGUAUUUCUGUGAGCAGUGUGGGAAAACGUUCACCCAGCAGGGCGCUCUCCGUCGCCACCAGCGCAUUCACACCGGGGAAAAGCCGUACAAAUGCAGAGCUUGUGAGAGAACCUUCACAGACAUGUCCACCUUGCGCAGACACGUGUCGAUUCAUGACCGGAAUGCUCACUGGAGAAGUUUCUUAAUAGAUCUUACAACCAAAAAAGACCAUAACUGGUCCAAAAUAGAAACAUUCUCAGAAGCCUGUUUGGGUGAAGACUCUGCACCAGAAAUUUGGUCAGUUGACCAAGGUAAACUUUAUAAACCAGACAGCAUUAUUCUUAAAAAACUAGAACACGUGCCAUCUAGUGUUAGUAACGUGGAAGACACCGAUCACUCCCUUGUCUACUUAUAA